AUGCGUGAAUAUAAAAUUGUUGUACUUGGUAGUGGUGGUGUCGGUAAAUCAGCAUUAACAGUACAAUUUGUUCAAGGAUUAUUUGUUGAAAAAUAUGAUCCGACGAUCGAAGAUAGUUAUCGAAAACAAGUUGAAGUUGAUGGACAACAAUGUAUGCUAGAAAUUCUCGAUACUGCUGGCACAGAACAAUUCACUGCAAUGAGAGAUUUAUAUAUGAAAAAUGGUCAAGGUUUUGUUCUUGUCUAUUCAAUAACUGCUCAAUCAACAUAUAAUGAUCUUGUUGAUUUACGUGACACUAUUCUCAAAGUGAAAGACACAACUGAUGUACCUAUGGUUUUAGUAGGAAAUAAAUGUGAUCUUGAAGAUGAACGUGUUGUUGGAAAAGAAGUUGGUCAAACCUUAGCACGUAAUUGGGGAUCAACAUUUCUUGAAACAUCAGCUAAACAAAAGAUCAAUGUUAAUGAGAUUUUUUUUGAUCUUGUACGUCAAAUAAAUAAACGAACACCAGUUAAUAAAGAUAAGAAAAAUAAAGGUAAAAAUUCUGGACAAAUGGGUAAUACAAAUACAUCAUCAAGUGGUAAAAAUGGUUUUGAUAAUUUACAAACAAAUCAAGCAUCUAAUAAUUCACGAGAUAAACAAGAUUGUUGUAUUCUUUUAUAG